AUGUCCACAUUAUCAUAUCGCCGAGGGACGUACGUAAUUCACCAACCAUACAAGCCCGGCCGGCCAGGAUGGCCCGCCGUGGUAAUUGGAUACCAGGACAUUCCCAGCACUAUCCGAAACUAUAGAAGCGAGAUGCUCGAGGUUCCAAUCUUGUUACUGCACAAGAACGACAUACGGUGGGUAAAUGAUGACGAACUGUCGCCAUUUCGCUCUCAGACCUGGACCGAUGAGGACGCUUGCAAAUACCCCGGACUACGCGAAGCAUUUCUGACUAUGAUAAAUGGGGUCGCCGAUGGGCUUGAAAUGGUGUUCUGGAGGAUCCUCAUCGAGAAUCGCUACGACGAGGAAUUGCCUCCAGACACUGACACUGCUCACGCGGAUCAUCGUACCGAUCAGAGGCUCAUAGAGGCCCCACCAGUCCAGGAUCUCAAGGGCAAAGGAAGGACUGUCAUUGGAGACUCGGCGACUCCCUCUUCAAUAUGGACGAUGUCGGUACGGGAUGGUGGAAAAGAUCUCGUACCUCUCAAACGCUCCUACGACCGGAGCUUCUCGUCGGAUAACUGCCUGUACCCUUCCAGUACAAGUAGAGGAGAAUCCUCGAAGAGAAGGGGGGGAUUUCCAAGUGGCAAUGAGAAGGAUGACAUUAAUGCCUCACAUAGUUUACAACUGAGGACCGGCACAGCCGAUUCUGCUAGCACUUCAUACAACGAGGUUAGAGCUGGGUACACAGUCAGGUCAGAGCAGUUCAACGAGAUGGACGAUGAUCCGGAGUUCGUUAAAUUCCCAGUUGGCCCGAACCGAAAGCCGUUCUACAUCCCACUCCACGUGGUUCGUGACAAUGGCUUCUGUAGCGCGAUCCAGGGAGAUAGCAUCGUAAGGAAGAACGGAAAAGGCUGGAUAUACGACCGACCAUCUCUAUGCAGGGUCCAGCCCGACGAAUUCGAAUUCGUUGCCGAUUUCAUGUACAACAAGGAAUUCGGGCUCCGCCAAAUCGGCAGUGAGGAGGAAAAGGCGAGAUGUUUCGCCGAGUGUGCUGGAGCGUGGACUGCAGGUGAGGAGAUCGGAAUCGAGGAAUUGCUCGACCACAUCGUGGCAAAGUUGCCUCAGACCGCCCCCUGGAGCGACGUGGGCUUGGAGAUUGUGCUGUUCUUCGCUGCAAGGGUUUGGGAAACCUCCGGAGAGCCCUCUCGAGCGCACAGGGACAUGAAGGCAAUGCUGAGUACGUUCAUCGCUGACCACUUUUUUGAGUAUGUCUGUGCACACUUCGGAGACUUCAAGAAGCAGUUGGAUGAAACGCCCGAGCUCGCCGCGGAUAUCUAUACGAUCAUGGGCGAUCGAGCAAGAGCAAAAGUGGGACUGCAAGAGGAAUGA